AAUGCUGGCGCUGCGUCCGAUUGCUCCUGGCUGUCCUUUUGGUGCUCUGAAUGGGAGAAAGUCAGUGUCCACAGGGUGCCCAGCCCUGGGCUCAUGUGAUGACUACACUUAGCUGCCUCUGGCUAUGGGAGGUGUAGAAGGCAGGAGCAUGUGACAGGCAGGGCAGGGCCUGUCCCCCUUCACAAAAACACACACUAUUGUUUGGCAAAGAGUUCAACCGAGGCACUUCUACUGCAGCCACAGAGCAGAGAUCUUGGGUACCAGCAUCCACUAAGCGCUGUAUUCCUGGUUUUGUUCCUGCAGAGACCGUGUCCCUGCAUUGUACAUCAUCUUGGCACAAUUAGGGGACCGCCAUGGGAAGAAAGCUGGACUUAUCCAAACUGAGUGAUGAUGAAGCUAAACAUGUAUGGGAGGUUGUCCAGAGAGACAUCAGUCUGCGCAAGAAGGAGGAAGAGAGGCUUGAGGACCUGAAGGAAAAGCUGGACAAGGAGAGCAGUAAAAGAGAGCUCCUCUCCAACACGAGUCAUGUGAACAGCACUCUCUGCAUACACUGCCUGCAGCCCUUCCAGUUCCUGCUGAACAGUAAGCGCCAGUGCCAGGACUGCCAGUUCUUUGUCUGCAAAAACUGCAGCCGCUACAACAAGAAGGAGCAUUGCUGGGUGUGCGACACCUGUAGGGCCACCAGAACGGUGAAGAUCGGGUCUCAUGACUGGUAUUACGACCAUGUCCGCUCUCGCUUCAAGCGGUUUGGCAGCGCUAAGGUGAUGCGCUCUCUGUACCUGAGACAGCAAUCUGACGCAAGGGGAGGAUCCAACUUGUCAGGACUUCAGGACCGAGUAUACAGCAUGCCCGACAUUAGUAGAGAAUAUCUGCGCCAAGCCAGGGCGGGCAUGUUUAAUGAUGAGGACGAGGACAUUAUGGACAGUUCAGAGACUCAGCGCUACAGUAUGAUGCGCAAGAAAAAGCGUCUGCUCUCCGUCCACCCAUUUGACUUUGAGAAUGAUUCUGAGUACUCGGCUCAAUCAAGGAGACAGUCUACGCAGCUGUCCCCAACUCUAGACCAUGAUGUUUUCCAGUCGUUCUCUGAAUUCACCAGUCCUGGGAAAGAUGUGGCCCGGAAGGAGUCGCUCAUUGCGGAGUCUGAGCUGGCUUCCGUUUUCCACCAACUACUCCAGGAACAAGGACAAAACACAGCUAACCCAGAGCAAGAGUUCAGCACUGAGGUCCGCCUGACCAACAACUCCCGCCGCCGCAGUCUGGAGAACAUCCGAAGGCCCAACCUUCCCAUUUUAACAGAAUCCCAAGUAAACUGCUCCUUCCCUGAUCCCCAACUAACUCGCACCCGGUAUCUCCCUAAAGGCAGCCCUUCCCUUGUACCCAAGGGACCAAAGUACUCUGGGGACAUGGACACCUCCGAUGAAGAAAGGGGAGCUAUUCCCAAAGCCCCACCCAGACGCAGGAGCCGGGCUUCUUCCCAGGAGAACGUCAAUCAUUCCGUCACUCAGAUGUCUGAUCUCAACAAACGCAUGUCCGCCAUUGAACGCAUGCUAAACCGCCUAGAGGAGAGAAUAUCUGUGCAUUCAGAUGAGUCCACAGGUCAUGCUGUGCUCACAGACGCGGACCUGGAGGAGGAAACCCUGAAGAGAAAGAUUGGGGAACUCGCCAGUAACUUAAGUGACAAAGAAGGUUUAUCCGAUGAGGAGAAGAGCCCCAAACUCAAAGCAUCAAUGAAAACUUCCAACGAGCAAAUUCUUAAUCACUCUCAGAAGAGGACAGCGGCUCAGGCACUCUGUGACAUCACUUCUAAAACGUUGAGGACCAUAAAUGCCACCCAGCAAGCCAUGCAGGAGGCCCUAGGGGGCGAGAGCCACCAGCCCACCAUGCCUUGCACCCAGCCAGGAGACGGCAAGAAGGUUCAGGCUGAAUUCCUGAUCUUAGAAGAAAAUGUGUAUAUGGUGGCUGAUAAGACAUAUGGACUGGAGCGGAGCCUGCAGGACCUGGAGGAGAUGGCACGUCAGAGUGGAACCACUGAUUCAGAACUUUCGGAGUUAGAGGUCAGCGUAGCGUCUGCUAUGGCGCAAGUGCAGCAAACGGAGAGCGAGGUGUCAGAUAUUGAAUCCAGGAUAGCAGCUCUGAGUGCCGCAGGACUUCCGGUCUCUCCGUCAGACAAAGCCAAAAAGAAGUACAGCCCUCGUAAUGCUGCUCCAGCCAUAUCCCGAAGCAGAGAACCAUUCCUGUCCACAUCUCCAGAACCAUACAACCUGACAUCAACACCCAGCGAAGCCAAAAUUCUGUCACUGCAGCAGGCACUCCAGAAAAAGUUCAAUACAGAUACAGACCUAACAGAUGAAGCCUUUGGGCGAAAUGCACUUUAUCGUGGCUCCCUGACGCAACGGAAUCCAAAUGGAAAGAACAGAUCAAUCGACCGUGUCUUUGCUAAACCUGUGCUCAGCCAGAGAUGAAAGCUGGAACGAGGUUUCCUACUCACCUGAUCAUUGUCCUACAUGUACACCAGGAGAAUAAGAUCCUGCACCAGCCACAGAGGCAGCGUGUUAUGUGUGUGUGUGCAUGUCUGCUAUCAGUCUCCGGGGCCUGGGUUAUGCAGGACACAAUAAUAAAUGAAAAUAUAAUGGUCCUAUAUAGAGUCACAGAUAUUUUAAGUAGCACACGCAUUUUACCACAAGUGUAGAAGAAUACGCAAUAUAUAUUUACAGUACAUUUUUAUCUUAGAAUUCUAAGAAAUCAGAGGGACAUAUAACACUUCUUUCUUAUACUACACAUCAAACAUGUCACAUGUUAUCAGAAACAUAUAAACAUGUCACUGCCCUGACUAACACGCUAUAAUAACCAUAUAAACAUGUCACUGCCUCGACUUACACGCUAUCAGAACCAUAUAAACAUGUCACUGCCCCGACUCACACGCUAUCAGAACCACAUAAAUAUGUCACUGCUCUGACUCACGCUAUCAGAACCAUAUAAAUAGGUCACUGCUCCGUCUCACACGCUAUCGGAACCAUAUAAUUGUACAUAGAGCCGAGGGAAACACGACAAAUGAUAGGGAUCGUUAGAAGCGAAUUCCUGUGAUGUCCAUUUCCAAGAUUCCGAAACUAUAUCAACAACCGCAACUUUAUAUGCGUUAGAUUACCCACUGAUUUUGCUGAUUGUUUUUAGGGUACGCAGUUGCUAUCGGUGACAUACAUAUAAUCUAUAAUCGCUAAUUAGCUAUAUGACUGAUACAUUCUUUCUGAGCCUCAUUUAAUGAUAAUUCAGCACUUGUGGGUAUAAUGUAGCCAGGAAAACCAAAGAACAUUGUUAUAUUGUGUUGUGUCUGUUGCUUUCUGCUUUUACGUGUAUGCAUUUAUCGAACGUCUGUAUAAAAUGUAACCUGCUCCUGAUUUCACUGUAAAAUGGUUGUAAUCAAGAGUCCCAUUAGGUGCUCCCUACGGUUCAUGUCAAACUUGCACCCCCAAACUUUUGCAAAAUGACUCAUUGGAGAGAUGGUUCAUUGGGAUUGUGUUUAUUACACAAGUUGCUUUUGUGUACUGUAAUGUUUUUACUAUAUGGGCUUUUGUGUCAUUGGCGCACUUAGGAGGGGUUUCGACUGCCUGGUCACACCUCGCCCAUGCUAAUGAGACCACCUCCAGUAUGCUCAUCAAAAAGAAAAAAAGAAGGUGGGCAGUCCCGGAACUGUCCCUUCUAUGACUUUGAAACGGUAUGGGCGCAUGCAGGCUAUUGUAGUGCAUGGCCUGUACCUUUUCUAUGGUGGCUCCAAAGGAACAGAACGGUCUAAUCGGGGUUGCCUCAAUGCACUAUGAAAAAAAAAAGAGAGAGAGACAAGAGAAAAGUGACAGGAAGAGAAUAACAAGAGACAGCGAGGGAACGGAGAGUGUGUAAAGUAAUUAAGGACCUGAUUCAGAGAUGUACGUUAAUACAAUUGCAGCUGCGAAUUUGUACGCAGCUAAUAUGCAAAAAUAUGCUAAUGCUGUACCCACCUAGAAAUGUAUUCAUACACCCAACGGCGUCUUCGCAGAUCCAAACAACUGCGUACAAAUAUAUGCAGCAGUGGUCGCAGAUCCUUCGACAACGCACUCCUGGAAUAAGCCUAUGGUCGUGCACAAUGCCAGGGGGAACUGAGACGCUGGCACACUGUUUUCUGUAGAAGGGAGCGCAGCUGUAGGCCGACACACCCCAAAAUUAUUGUGGUCCCUUGGUGGAUGCACAGUGCGACCAUGAUGCACACGCAAUCGCUUGACUCCAUAACUAUUCGCAUUGUGCACAACUUUUAAUCAGGCCCUUAAGAGUGGUGAUUAAGGAGUCUAUGUACUAAGCAUUGGAAAGAGAUAAAGUGGGUUCUAUCUACUAAGUCUUGGAAAGAGAUAAAGUAACAACCAACCAGCUUGUAACUCAUUUUUCAAAAAACAUCCUGUAUCAUGAGACUUUGGAGCUGAUACUUUAUCCCUCUCCAAUUUAUCCCCCUCCAAGGCUUAAUAAAUAGACCCUCAAAGUACCAGACAAUAACUCCUAACUGCCAUGUUACAGGCUGUGUUUGAAAAAUGACAGGAGCUGAUUGGUACUUUAUCUCUCUCCGAGAUAGACCCCUAUGAAACUUAGGUGGAGUUGAAGGGUAGAAAAGGGCUAAAGGAUGAGGCUAUAAAUGGAACAAAAGAAUACGUAGAAAUAGAAGGAUAGAAUGGAGGAAUUAAGGAAAGGAAGGGGAUCCCCCUUCCUCCAUAGCAUGGGCUGUGUGUUGCUUAUUAACAUGGAAAAGGCAGUUGUUAGAGGGUUCCCCAAGCAAACAUUUAAAAAAAAACCCUCUACAAAUCCUGCAUUUAUCCCCGUGGUGUGCGUAUCCUCAGAAAAUGCACCCAGAUGGCAGAAAACGCUCCCACUGAAAGCAGGGAACGGCUCCCAGUUACCAGCGGCUCCUGAGCUCUGCUGCCAGCCACUAAUAUUGAGCUUCUAGUUGAGUCCCGUUUCUGAGAACCUAAGACCGUUGUUUUCAAAUAAGCAAACAAGCCGCCAAACUGCAUUUCUGUGCAUCUGCCAUUGACCCCUAAUGUUAUGUUAGUAUUUUAAAAAAAUAAAAUAGUUGUGUAUUCCAAA